AAUAGGGUUUUUGAGAUUAGGUAUCUCCUAUAUGUUCUUUGCUUGCUCUGGUACUUAUCACCUCUCUAACUCUUCCUCUGUGGAUCUGUCAUUGCGGCUAGGGUUUGUCUAUCCUUUUCUUCAUUUCUGAGGUGAAAGAAAGGAACCUGAAAGGGGUUGUAGGAGGGUUGUAACUUAUAGAUCUGCAUCGAUGGAAUUCAUGGAGAGCUAGGGGUUCCUUGUUGCUAUUACUAUUGAAUUGCUUAGGGGUUUUCACGGUCCCGAACGGAAAUGGCAAGCGCGAACCCUUUUGACCUGUUGGGUGACGAUGACAACGAUGACCCAUCGCAGCUGAUCGCUGCUCAGCAGCAGAAGGUCGUUGCCCCGAAGAAAGCCUUAGCUCCCACCCAGGCUUCUGCUCAAAAUCAGCAGCCCAAGCAGGCUAAGCUUCCAUCCAAGCUUCUCCCACCUACUCAGGCUGUGAGGGACGCUAAGAAUGAAGCUGCUCGUGGAGGGAGCCGUGGUGGACGCGGUUAUGGGCGUGGACGCGGUGGUGGAUUUAGUCGAGAUCGAGAAGUGGUCGACAAUGAAAAUGCGUAUAGCAACAAUGGAGUCUCUGGAGGGUACAAUGCCCCUGAAGAUGGAGAUGCUGGGAAACCCACUGAAAGGCGUAGCUACGGUGGACCUCGUGGUGGUGGUGGUGCUUACCGAGGUGGCCGCAGAGGUGGUUUCAGCAAUGAAGAGCCGGUCGAUGGGGAGCGUCCUAGAAGGGUUUUUGAACGACGUAGCGGUACUGGACGUGGAAAUGAAUUCAAACGUGAAGGAGCUGGUCGUGGGAAUUGGGGAACUUCCACUGACGAACUUAAUCAGGACACUGAGGAAGUUGCCAACACUAAUGAAAAGAAUGUGAGCAGUGAGAAACCAGGAGAGGAGGAGGCAGAUGCCAGCAAGGAGAAUCCUGUGAAUGAGCCAGAAGAGAAGGAACCUGAAGAGAAGGAGAUGACUCUUGAUGAGUAUGAGAAGCUGCUGGAAGAAAAAAGGAAGGCUUUGCAAGCACUGAAGACUGAGGAAAGGAAGGUUGAAGUGGACAAAGAGUUUGAAGCUAUGCAACCGCUUUCCAACAAAAAAGACAAUAAUGAUAUCUUUAUUAAACUGGGUUCUGACAAGGAUAAGCGGAAAGAGAUUGCUGAAAAGGAAGACAGAGCUAAGAAGUCUGUCAGCAUCAAUGAGUUCCUAAAGCCUACUGAAGGUGAGAGGUACUAUAGUCCUGGAGGACGGAGGGGUGGCCGUGGAGGUCGUGGUAGGGGGGGUUACAGUGGAGGCAGCAUGACGAACAAUGCUGCGGCCCCUUCCAUUGAAGAUCCUGGGCAGUUCCCAACCUUGGGUGUCAAGUGAGAUUUUUACCAUUCAUCGUCCAGACAUCUUUGGUUUUCCCUUGUUUUGGGUUCUUCGCCAUUUACAUUUGAUCUUGAAUAGUACGCCAGCGGCAGGAUAUGAGCAGGAAUGAUAUGAGGUUUUCCUGUAUCAAUAGGUCUCUUGAACGUAUUUAAAUGUUCUUAAAAGUGUAAAGUUUAGGUUUUUUUU